AGUAACAAGGUCACGGUCAGUAUCACUCUGCUCUUCGUCGGAGAACAUCGUUCACGGACAGAAUAAUUUUGUUAAAUAAGAAACAUCGUGAGAAAAUAAAAUGGGCAUCGAAAGCUUUAUGACAGAAAGUUUAACGUCAGCAUCAACUGGAGGAUUUUCAUUGCUCUUUCCGAUUCUUGCUGCGGCGCUUGCCUAUUUUCAAUAUGAAGUUCUAGAUAAUGAAGCACCACCAAUCAACGUACCGUCAGAGAUGCUAUUAUCCUCGUACCAUUUUAUAGUGAUAGGUGGUGGUAGUGCAGGAGCCGUAGUUGCCAGCCGUCUAUCCGAAAUUGAGGAUUGGAACGUGUUGUUGUUGGAAGCGGGAGGUGACGAACCUGAGAUCUCAGACGUACCCCUUUUGGCCGGAUACCUUCAACUAAGUCAGUUGGAUUGGCAAUACAAGACUGAGGCACAGGAUGAUGCCUGUCUAGCGAUGGAGAACAACCGUUGUAAUUGGCCCCGAGGUAAAGUUUUAGGUGGAAGCAGUGUGCUCAACUAUAUGCUCUAUUUAAGAGGUAACAAGCGAGAUUACGACAUUUGGGAACAGCAAGGUAAUCCUGGCUGGGGUUACCGUGAUAUCCUACAUUACUUUAAGAAAUCCGAAGAUAAUCAAAAUCCUUACUUAAUUCACACGCCGUAUCACGCGAAAGACGGAUAUUUGACGGUGCAGGAAGCACCAUGGCACACACCCCUAGCGGCAGCCUUUGUUCAGGCUGGUGAAGAGAUGGGAUACGAAAAUCGUGAUAUCAACGGCGAGUUUCAAACCGGUUUCAUGGUCGCCCAGGGUACUAUUAGGCGUGGCAGUCGUUGCUCCAGUGCAAAGGCUUUUCUUAGGCCGGCCAGAUUUAGGGAGAAUCUACAUGUGGCGAUGCACACGCACGCAACCAAAGUGCUGAUACAUCCUAAAACAAAGCACAUUUACGGAGUAGAAUUCGUCAGGGACAACAAGGUCUUUCGCGUGCGCGCAAAGAACGAAGUGAUCGUAUCCGGCGGGGCGAUAAAUUCGCCGCAAUUAUUAAUGUUAUCAGGAAUCGGGCCAAAGGACCAUUUGCGAGAGCUCGGUAUUCCAGUGAUUCAAGAUAGCAAGGUAGGCAGCAAUUUGCAGGAUCAUAUUGGCUUGGGUGGACUCACGUUCAUGGUUAAUCAAAAGAUUUCUAUGGUGGAAAAACGGCUGCAAAGCUUGCAGACGGUGAUGCAAUACGUUGCGCUGGGCACCGGACCUCUGACAGUGCUCGGAGGCGUCGAGGGUAUCGCCUUCAUCAACACUAAAUACGCAAACGCUUCGCUGGAUUUUCCCGACAUUGAGCUGCAUUUCGUUUCCGGCUCGACGAAUUCGGAUGGUGGCAAAAAACUGAGGAAAGUGCAUGGACUAACGAAAAAGUUCUACGACGCUGUUUUCGGACCAAUCAACGACCAGGACACGUGGAGCGUAAUUCCUAUGUUGCUACGACCAAAGAGUCGCGGUGUAAUCAAAUUGCGCAGUAAAAAUCCAUUCGAUUAUCCUCUCAUUUAUCCAAAUUACUUCAAAGAAACGGAAGAUAUCGCCACUUUGAUUGAAGGAGUGAAAAUCAGUGUGGCCUUGAGCAAGACUGAUACCUUCAAGCGAUUCGGAAGUGAGCUCAACUCGCAUCAGUUUCCAGGAUGCAAACAUAUACCCAUGUAUACUGAUUCUUAUUGGGAAUGCAUGAUCAGAUAUUAUAGUGCCACGAUUUAUCAUCCAGUUGGCACGUGCAAGAUGGGACCUUACUGGGAUCCCGAGGCUGUCGUCGAUCCACAACUCAGAGUCUACGGCGUGACUGGGCUGCGCGUGAUCGAUGCGUCGAUCAUGCCCAAUCUUGUGAGCGGAAACACGAAUGGGCCAGCAAUCAUGAUAGGUGAGAAAGGAGCAGAUAUGAUUAAGAAAUAUUGGUUAAAGUGGAAGAACAGAUACGAAGAAAAGAUAACUAGCAGAUGGAUGAUCAUGUCUCUGGUUUCGAAGUUGUUCUUCAUGGUAUUGGGAUAUCUCAUUAUUAAUAUGCGUCCAGAUAUCACGGAUAAGGAGAAUCGUCUACAAACAUUAUUAAUGGAAAAACUGUUGGCUCAGUACGAUUAUGUGAUAAUUGGCGGAGGAUCAGCAGGAGCUGUGUUAGCCAGCCGAUUGUCAGAGGACGAAAAUUGUACCGUUCUUCUGCUCGAAGCUGGCGUCGAUGAAGUUCCUUUGUCCGACGUACCAUGGUCAUAUCUCACACUGCAGCGUACAUAUCUGGAUUGGGAUUUUAAAACGGAAUCGUCGUCCAAUUAUUGCUUGGCGAUGCAUAAUCAUCAAUGUAGAUGGCCACGUGGCAAGGUGUUAGGUGGUAGCAGUGUAUUGAAUGCGAUGCUUUAUAUUCGCGGUAACAAAAGGGACUAUGAUUCUUGGGCGACUCUUGGUAACGUGGGAUGGGAUUACGAGAGCGUUCUGCCGUAUUUCAAGAGAUCAGAAGAUGCUAGAGUCAAGGAACUUGCCGACUCGCCUUAUCAUAAAAAAAAUGGAUAUUUGACAGUAGAAUAUUUCAAGUAUAACCCACCGAUAGCUAACUAUAUUGUUCAUUCCGGCGAAGAAUUAGGAUACAAAGUGCACGAUGUGAAUGGCGUAAAUCAGACGGGUUUUACGCAUUCUUUUGGUACUUUGAGGGAUGGAUUAAGAUGCAGCACUGCUAAAGCUUAUCUCCGACCCGCUUCAAAGAGGAAAAAUCUAUACGUCAGCUUGGAAUCGUUCGUGGAAAAAAUACUAGUGAGAAAAGAUGAUAAGUCGAAAGUGGCGCAAGGGGUGCUGUUCCGCAAGGGUAAAAGACGUUUCAUAGUUGGAGCGAAACGCGAAGUGAUUCUCUCUGCAGGGGCGAUACAAUCGCCGCAAUUAUUGAUGUUGUCGGGAAUUGGACCGAGGCAUCAUCUCGAGAAAAUGAACAUAUCUGUGGUGCAUCAUGCACCCGGUGUAGGACAAAAUCUUCAAGAUCAUGUGGGAAUGGGUGGGAUAAUCUAUAUCAUCGAUCCUCCGCACAGCAUGCCAGAACGAAAUAAAUUCAGUAUGAAACUAUCUGACAUUACAAAGUUGAGAAACAUUCGAGAAAUGCUGUGGAACAGUUCUGGUCCUCUUUACACGACAGCAUACAGUGCUGGAAUGGCGUUUCUCAAUACCAAAUAUGCAGACGGAUUCGAUUAUCCGGAUAUACAGCUGAUAUUCUCGGCUUUCUCAGAUUAUGGAAUUCUCGCAGCAAAUUUAUAUGGGAUUAAGUCGAGUACCGCCACUAGAUUGUAUGAAAAUAUCACAGAAGAUACUCAAGCUUUCGGAAUUUUUCCGCUUCUUUUAAGACCACGCAGCAGAGGCUUCAUCGAGCUAAAAUCGACUGAUCCGAAUGAGGCUCCCGCUAUUGUUCCAAAUUAUUUUGAGGACUCGCGUGAUCUCCAAGUUUUAGUAGAGAGCGUGAGAUUUAUGGAAGGGAUGAAACGUACUCGUCUUAUGCGGAAGUUAAAUGCACGAUUAAAUCCAAAUCCGAUACCGGGAUGUUCGCAAUUUGAUAGCUCGUCGGACAAGUAUUGGGCUUGCUACGCACGUCAUUUCACAUCGACAAUAUACCAUCCGGUUGGCACUUGCAAGAUGGGCCUUGCCAGCGAUUGUUACGCCGUCGUUGAUACUAGAUUAAGAGUUCACGGAAUCGCAAGACUACGAGUGAUCGACGCUUCGAUCAUGCCGUAUCUAGUUUCAGGGAAUAUUAACGCACCAACGAUUAUGAUUGCAGAGAAAGGUGCCGAUAUGAUAAAGGAGGAUUGGCAAUCCUAAUUCGCCACGAAUGCCACAUGCUAAAGAUUGCGUUUCGUAAACGGUCGAUCCAGGCUAUCGCCAUCUUUUAUAUUAUUGUAUGCAUAAUAUAAUAUAAUUGGUACAUUUGUGAUGAUCGACCAUAAAAAAAUUAUUUGAACUUUAAUUGUGCUUCUCCAUUUUGAUAACAACACUAAUAGAAUUAUACAAUCAUCAUGAUUGGCAUUGGUUUAGAAACAUAAUAAAACGUUUGAGCCUGUUCUACUAUGUGCUUUUUAUUUCCAGUUUCUUGCUUUUUGCUAUUUUUUUACAUCUUAUCUUUUUGCAUCUUAUUCGGUUUUUUUUUUGUUUUAUAUCGCCUGAGAUAAGAGUUAAUGAAUUUCGAAAGAAACAAGAAAUACAAUUGUCGAUAAAACGGUUGCAAAGGAGUUAAAAGCAAAAGGUACAAAACAAGAAACAGGAAACAAAGAGCACAUUGUAGAAUAGGCUUUAUAAAUAUAGAAAUUGUUUGUAGAGUGCUUACUUUUGUUACA